UGUUUCUGUCAGAAAAAGAUUUUUGCACUGAUUUGCCAUGAAGUAUGAAACGAAGUAUCAAUUUCCGUCGAAAAUCUAUCUAGGAUUCUGGUAAUAUUUGAACUGAGUAUUAAUGUAUGUGUGGUAAUGUGUUGGUGUGUGGAUAUGUUUAAUUAUUUGUAAUGUCGACGUCUGACCCACAAGCCGCCAGUGCUGCUGUGGACAUUGACACGGUUUCGUUUACUGAAAAUUACCUCGAAAAAGAAGAUAGCCCUUUAAAUAAUAAAUCCGGAGAAAACUCAAAUGGUAACAAUGACAAAGAGAUCCCAACGAUUGUUAUUGACACAACGGACGAAAAUAAAGAUGAUCGAACGGUGACGCUUCGCCGGAAGGAGGCGCACUUCUGUGAGCAGGCGGAAGCCGUGACGGUCGACGACUACCGCUACUUGGAGUACCUGCAUCCACAGAGCACCUUUCGCCGGAAGGAGAUGAUAGGCAGCGAGAAGAUGAUCAGUGACGCGGAGCUGCGUUUUGCGGCCACUCUUGUCCACGACGCAAUGGAGGGUCGCACCGUGGACAUCAAGACGGAAGCGAGAUACGUCAGGUCUUACAACCUGUACAAGAGCUGGCCGUUGACGUAUCUGCUGUACGCGGCCAUCUCCGUCAACUUGUCCCUUGUGUUAUUCGAGGAGCCAGCGGACCCCGCCCUAAGUCUACCCAUACACGUGACGAUGCCGGUAGAGGCACUGUGUCUUAUCUACUUCACCAUCCGUACAGUCCACAACUUCCACUGGCGGAGAACGAGUCGCUUCUUUAGGGACCUUAAAAAUAUCUGCAUCAUCGCCAUCAUAGCGUUGACUGUGGUGGACAUGAUAGUGUACCUAAUCUGGUUGAGGGCAGUCCCGAGCGGACAUCAUGUACGGUUUUCCCGCAUCCUCCGGCCUCUGGUCCUUGUCAACUUCUCCGACGGCAGACAGAUUCGACGAGCGUGGAGGAAUAUGCGGCGGACCAUUAAGGAAAUCAUUCACGUCGUAGUUCUCUUCUACUUCUUCAUCUUCGUCUUCGCUCUAAUCGCCUUCCAGAUCUUUUCUUCAAGGGAGGACAUCAAGUACCCGGACGGACGACCGUACUUCAAGACGUACUUCGAAUGUGUGUGGGAACUAUAUGUCCUCGUCACCACCUCAAACAAUCCAGACGUCAUGAUCCCAGCACUGACAAAGAGCCGCUUCUACUGUAUCUUCUUCUCUGUGUACAUCGUGGUGUGCUUCUACAUGUUGCUUAACGUCUUCCUCGCGGUCGCUUACCACAGCUACAACGAGAACAUGAAGGACGAAAUUAGACGCAGUUCGCGAGAGAAGAAAAAGAAGCUAGGACAGGCGUUCGAUGUGAUCAAGAUUGACCACAAUGGAAUGGACAUGGUUACCUAUCGCACGUGGAAGCGCCUCAUGAAACUCGCAAAACCGGGUCUCUCGAAGAACCAGGUCGAUCUACUAAUGUUGAUUCUGGAUAUGGAUAAUUCUGGACAUAUAGGUCGGCGCGAGUUUAUGAAUGUUGCCGAUCUUCUCAAUGUUCCUGUGUCUGAAGUAGAAGACCGGAUAAUUUGGUUGGAGAAAGUAGUUCCUCAAUUAUACAACUCGAGGCCCAGUGAAUACUUGAAGUCAUUUGUAGAUAGUGUGUUCUUCAAACUGAUGUACGAUAUCAUAGUUCUGAUUGAGAUAUUCCUGAUUGGUUUCGCAGUGAAGUGGGUAUCCGUGCCUUUCUGCAUUCUGUAUAGCAUUGAGAUAUUACUCAAGGUGUACACGUUCGGGCCUAAACUGUACUUUCGACGUUCAAGCAAUUGGUUCGACGUUGCUAUAACGUCGCUAGCUUUGGUGUUUCUCGUUAUCGGCUCUGCUUAUACUCCGACAGACCAGACCAGCGUCGUGAUAUUGCGAGAAACAACUCAGACUGUCAAGGUUAUACGGAUAUUCCGAAUUCUUCGCCUCCUUGUUCAUAUCCAAAGAUUCAAAAUUAUAACAAACACGCUAGUCAACAUUUCCUUGUCCAUUCUGAUGUAUUGCGGCAUACUCUUCAUUAUAUUUUACAUCUUUGCUAUCAUCGGUAUGGAAGUGUUCAAGGGCAAAAUCAAGACGCGCGAUUCGAUCCCGACAAACACAACUAACACCUCAUUGCUUUACUGCGGAAACGAAGUCCUAAAAGACAGCGUCUUUCAUGAAAGCAACUAUUGUUAUCUGAAUUUUAACGACAUCGUCAGCUCUACCCUUGUCCUAUGUACUGUCUUGUUCGAGAACAACUGGCACAUUCUUGCCAACGGGUUCGUGCUUGUGACAACUAAAGCAGCUCGGGCGUACUUCGCCAUCUUUUACGCAUGUGUCACCGUAGUCGUUAUGAACAUCAUGACGGCGUUUAUCGUGGACAUGUUCAUGUACGAGUACACGAUACAGAAGGAAGGCAAAGUCGACUCCACCGUCGAGAAGAAGAUCAAAGAACUGGGACUGGGCAUCGACGCCGAAACUGGUUUAGAAAUAUCACAGCCAAUGUCAGAUGAGCAGAUGUCCGAAUAUAUGAAGGGUAAUAAUACCAGGCCUCCUCCUGUCCACCCUUGGAUUGAGAAAUCAACACUCAGAGGUUUUCGGAACGCCGAGGUGAGAUUUUCAACAUUCAGCUCGUACGUAAAUAAAAGAAAGAGUUCUAUCCCAACGCUAAACAGGUUUGACGGUAUACGAUUUCACAUCAAGAAGAAAGGUUGGACAAAGAUUGAGGUUCUGCUUCAGCAGUUGUAUGAUGUGGAGUGUGACGUUGACACCACCAUCGACUUCAAGGACAGAAGCGAGGAGAAUAGGGCGAAGUCUAUGCUCGUGUAGAAACACUCUCUUUACGGACAAACAAACACAGGGUUUAAAUAUUGAAUUGGAUCUGACGAAUGCUUUUAAUCGUUUCCCAUGUAUUUUAUUGAGGAUGAAUAAAACAUCUCAGGCAAAUCUUGAGAAUAUUUAUUAAAAUAAACAUUUUUACGUACUAAGUCUAAACUUUUGGUUUCAUUUUUAGAAUUUUAAAAUGUAUAAUUAGAAACAUUUCAUAAAUGAUAACCAUGCAUUGAAAUAUAAAUUAUAACUAUAAAACAAAUCGGUUCGGCAAAAGAAAGAGUCAAUGUUCGAACCACUUGCUUCAUUACACGAUAGAAACUAGAGGGAGAAGCCCAAGCAUAUUUGGGCUAUACAUUGAUAUAGUCUAUUUUAAUGCAUGGAUAUUAUUUAUGUCUUGGUUAGAUAGAAUGUCAUUUUUCUGUCUUUUGCUCGACAAACAGAUAUCUUAGCUUGUUCUCUGGCGAGCUCCUCCAUCAAAUUCAUUUCCAACAAAAGGACACGCUUGCGUUGAUCGGGCGAUUCGGGCAUUUCGCCAUUACAAUGGCCACCACUGGUUGUAUCACCAGGAAGUUCUGUGGUUGAUUGGGCUACGCCACUGUCAGCAUCAGAAACUUAUCUGUUAUAUUGACCGCCGUCAUUGGGCAAUUCGCUGUCAGGCAGUUCAGUUCCAUCUGGUUGUUCGCUAUCUGUCUCCGCUUUAAACAUAAAUAUUAAUUUGAAAUAAAUAUCAUAUGUAUGUAUUGCCUAAGAACGAUUUAAUGUUUGUUAUGGUAGACACAGAAGGUGUUUUACUUUAUAGUGUAUUCAGAAAUUAUGACUCAUAUAAUGGCUUAUGAAAACUGAUUUGUUUGAUACAUUUUGUGAGUGAGUUAAGCGUAGAAAAUACGUCCAAUUUUCUCAAAAAUUAGCCAAAUUAGUUACUUUAUGUAGAUUUUUCAACAUAAAAAGAUUUUAUCGUGAUUCCCGUAAAUAUGACUCCUUUUAAAUGUCUUAAUACUUCCAAAAAUAAGAAAAUUACAGAAAUAAAAGGAUUUUUACAUCCAUUUUACCAAUACAAAAAUAACGGAACUUUAUGUCCCUGCUUUAAACAUCAAUUUUAAUUUGAAAUAAAUAAGGCAAACUAAUCUUAACAGUUUUAGAAACUUACUGUAGUAGAUGGAUCAUAAAGAAAAGACCCAAAUUGUUGUAUUCAGAAUAGGCAGUAGAUUUGCGCAAAAUAUUCAUUUUCAUUAUGGUGAUGCAGAAAUUGAAAUUGUACCAAAAUAUUGUUAUUUGGGAAUGGUUUUUACGUCUGGAGGCUCCUUUAUUGAAUGUCUGAAAACAUUGUCAGAACAAGCACAUCAGGAAAUUUGUAAAAUGAAUAAAUAUCUUCAGAGCUUUGUUAACAUAUCCACUGAACUGUAUUAGAUUUAUUUUAUAAAUUAGUUAGGCCAAUUAUAUUUUAUGGAUUUGAAGUUUGGGUUUUUCCCGUGCAAACAAUGUAGCAAGACUACAACCUAUGUUUUGUAAGAAUUUACUUGGUAUUCAAAUGUCUACCAAAACGAUUUGAUUUAAAGAGAACUAGGUAUAAUUGUUUUUAUUCGAUGAGAAUAACAGCUUUUAAAAAAAUGGUUUAAGAUAUUGCACUAUACUGAACGAAAAUGCAUAAGUAUUAUAUAUAAAAUAAUGUUAUGUGAAAUUGAAAAUAGCCCAUAGUAAAACAACUAAUGAUAUGAAUGUGAUAUGCAAUUUCGGUUUUCAACAUGUUAUAAGUUAGAAGACGAGUGUUUGUUACUUGAAUUCAUAUUGUAUAAUGAUAUACGAGGUAAAUAUAGUAUUAAGAGAUAUUAUAGAGAAAGACCAAAUAUGUACAAAACUUUUCACUUGUUAAAAUUUAAUAUUGAAAAUGUUGAGAAUAAAUUAGCUGUAUUUAUCUUAAAUGUUUUUGAAAUAAGAAAGACACAUACCCAUAUCCAGGCCAAUUAAGGGAGACCUAAAUUGCUUUCAUGCUGGUCGACCAAAAUAUAUAACCAGAUUCAGAAACAUGGAAAUUCACUAUUAAGGUUAUAAACAUUAGUAUAAUCAUCAGAUUGGUAUACUGAAAUACGAUAAAACUGUUGUCUUAUGAUAUGUUUAUUUGUUUAAUCAUUCAUUUGUUCGCCAAAUAUUUUACUUACGAACAUAUAUUUCAUAUGAAUUUGAUCAUGGUCUAUGUAUUCUUAAUCGAAUAUGUAUGUACAAGCGUAAGUUAUACCUACAUACAGCAGAGGACGAUUUCAUAAGUGUCAUACUUUAAAAUUAUAUUGAAUUAUAGAAAUAUAGUUGUUAACAUUGUGAUAUUUAUAAAACUAUUUAUAAAUAUGCUCCGCCAUACAUAAAUAUAUAAGCCAUUGUAUUACAGUACUUUGAUCAAGGGUCAUAUUGGCCUAUUUUAAAUAUGUAUUGUGUUGUAUAUUUCUUUUGAAUAAACUUACUUCUUCCUCCC